AUGGCUGUUGUGAUGGGUCAUGGAGGUGACGUUGAUGACGAGCCACCACAUCCUUUUGGCGAAGGUUUUGGUGUUCACCAGAUCGAUGGUCCGGAGCGUUGGAGUGCUACUAUUGACCACUUCUUAAUAGAUAGGCAUAGUAAACGAUCCAGUGUAAACAAAGAAUGUCGGAAGAAGCAAGUAAUUAAGAAUUGUGGAGGGACGUGCAACUACGGUAGUGCUUGUUUCAAGAAUAAUUUGAAUAGACUUGAAGCAUUUCAUCGUGGGCAUGUCAAUAAACAAGGGGACUUCGCUAACCCUAUUUGUGAAAUACAUAAUGUUUUAGUUGUUGAGAAGGUGUUAGGUGCUCGAAGAGGACAUGUGAGAGGCAUCGGGCCUAAGCCUUCCGCAGCGGGUACAAGUGCUUCCUUCCAGUGGCAGUCACAAUCACAAGCACCGCAACCAAUACAUGUACUUAUUAAACUCUUAAAGAAUGUGGUAGCUUAG